AUGACCGCAAUUCCAAUCCCCACCCAACGCUCACCCUCCUCCGCCUCAAACAUGCAGUCCACGUUCAGUUAUUCAGACUCCUAUUCUUCCUACUCUUCCUCGCCAGGAACCAUGGACUUCUUCUUCUACGGCCAGCCCGUUUACGAUACCCCUUGCGACCUUGACACAACCGGUUCCUUCCCCAUGCAAGAUGUCGCCCCAGAACUCUACGGCAUUACCAGCUCGCCCUACACCUACCAGAGCCCGCAUGACUACCCAGUCUUCGACCGACCAGUCAUGCCCCAGAGCGCAUCCAGCAGCUGUGGCAGCAGCUACAGCAGUAGCUAUAGCAGCAGCUUCAACUUCCCCUCCGAAGACAUCUCCCUUCCAAGCUACCCCAUCAGCGAAUACGAGCCCAGUGCCGAUUCGCCAGCGCCUGCGUCCAAGCCCGUUAAGCCCUUCGGUUGCGACCAUUGCGGCAGGUCCUUCACCCGCUUCGCAGACUUGAAGCGCCACCAGUCCAGCGUCCACUACCCCGUCUUCCGCAACUGCCCCGUCGAGCACUGCUCGCGAAAGGGUAGCAAUGGCUUCCCGCGUCAGGACCACCUCGUCGAGCACCUCCGCUCGUAUCACCACCUGGACGUGCCGAAGCGCGGUUCCUGCAAGCGCUCCGCGAAGCAGAUCUCAUGA